CAGGAGGAUUAGCGGCUAAUCUGGCUUGUGAGGUUCCUAUUCCUGGGGCUAGGGAAACCCAGUAAGCAGGCUCCGGGCCACAGCAGAUCCCUCUCCUGGGCCCCCAGCCCCUCACACACUACUGCCAUGGCAUCCCUCUUCUCUGGCCGCAUCUUGAUCAGGAACAACAGUGACCAGGAUGAGGUGGAGACUGAGGCCGAGUUGAGCCGCCGGCUGGAGAAUCGCCUUGUGCUGUUGUUCUUCGGCGCCGGGUCCUGUCCCCAGUGCCAGGCCUUUGCCCCGGUCCUCAAAGACUUCUUUGUUCGACUCACUGAUGAGUUCUACGUGCUGCGGGCAGCACAGCUGGCCCUGAUCUACGUGUCCCAGGACCCCACGGAGGAGCAACAAGACCUGUUCCUCAGGGACAUGCCUGAAAAGUGGCUGUUCCUGCCUUUCCAUGAUGACCUGAGGAGGGACCUGGGGCGCCAGUUCUCCGUGCGUCGUCUGCCGGCCGUCGUGGUGCUCAAGCCGGGCGGGGACGUGCUGACGAGCGACGCGACGGACGAGAUCCAGCGCCUGGGACCCGCCUGCUUCGCCAACUGGCAGGAGGCGGCGGAGCUUCUGGACCGCAGCUUCCUGCAGCCCGAGGACCUGGACGAGCCGGCAAGGCGCAGCAUCACCGAGCCUCUGCGCCGCCGCAAGUACCGCGUGGACCGGGAGGCGGGCCGGGGCCGGGGCCGGAGCAGCCACGACUCUGGUGACCCCCAGGGGAUGCAGGUGCAACGGCAGAGCUCUGGUGGCCCCCAGGGGGACCCGGCUGCAGGGGCGGGGCUCUGGUGACCCCCAUGGGUACCUGGGUGUAGGGGCAGGCUAGAGGCGGGGCUAUGGUAACCUCCGGAAGACCCCGGCUGCAGGGGCGGGGCUCCGAUUAGCCUUCUCCUCCUGCAUGCUCAGGAUGUUCCCUAGACAGCCGUGCAGACUGGCCUUGAACUCACCAUUCUUGUGCCUCAGCCUAAGGAGUAGCUGGAACGGCAGCCAAAGACAGACAAGUUUCCUCUUCCGGGUCACACCUAGUCCUUGAAAGAACGUAGGGAUCCCCACGAACAGGUCCUGGGCACGGUACCCGGGCCUUAGUGCAUGCUAAGCAAGCUUUCUAACCAUAGAACCCCAGCCUCAAAUACCUUGUUCAAAACAAACAAAAACCACUCCUGCAGCCAGGCUUUGUAGCGCAGGCCUGUCGUUCAGUGCUCUGGACGCAGGUGCAGGGCCGGUGCGGAAUGGCACUUGCUGUGAAGACUGACAACCCGAGUCCAGUCCCCAGAACCCACAUGGUGGAAGGGAGGACGGUCUCCCACAAGUUGCUGACCUCCACACGCUCAUGGUGGCACAUGCAUACCCACACACUUACAGAACAAAAAUACUAUUUUAAGUCUUGUGCAAAACAACAACACAUAAAAAAGAAAACAGAGGUGUGCAGAA